AAAAGCAUCUAGAUUUUGUAUUUUUGUCUUUGCCUAAAAUCUGAAAUUAGGACAGCUGUAAUUUUCAACUCAAAGUCGAAGAAGCAGACCAAGUGGCAGUCAUGAAGAAGAAAGUUCUGUUGAUGGGCAAGUCCGGCUCGGGCAAGACGUCCAUGCGCUCCAUUAUCUUUGCCAACUACCUUGCUCGCGACACGAUGCGGCUGGGACCCACACUGGACGUGGAGCAUUCGCACGUGCGCUUCCUGGGCAACUUGGUGCUAAAUCUGUGGGAUUGCGGGGGCCAGGAUGCCUUCUACGAGAACUACUUUGAGAGUCAGCGGGACCACAUUUUCCGAAGCGUAGAGCUGCUGAUCUACGUGUUCGACAUUGAGAGUCGCGAAAUUGACAAAGACAUGGCCCACUUCGACGGGUGUCUGGAGGCCAUCGACCAGAACUCGAGCAAUGCGAAGGUGUUUGUGCUGAUCCAUAAGAUGGAUCUCGUGCCUGAGGACCAACGUGAGCGCGUGUUCAACCAAAAGAAGGAGAUGAUUUUGGCGCGCACGGGUCAACUGCCGACUGUGUGCUUUGGCACCUCCAUCUGGGACGAAACGCUGUAUCGCGCUUGGUCGUCCAUUGUGUACUCAUUGAUCCCGAACAUGCAGGAUCUGGAAAAGCACCUGAACAGCUUUUGCUCUAUCUGCAGCGCUGACGAGGUGGUGCUGUUUGAGCGUGCCACUUUCCUUGUGAUCUCACACGCUACGCACACGAACCACCGCGACAUCCAUCGCUUUGAAAAGAUCAGCAACAUCAUUAAGCAGUUCAAGUUAAGCUGCAGCAAGACCCAGGCGCAGUUCCAGGGCAUGGAGGUGCGCAAUUCGAACUUCACGGCCUUCAUCGAUUUCUUCACCGCCAACACGUACAUCAUGAUCAUCAUGUCCGACGACUCGAUCCAACCGGCGACAAUUCAUCUGAAUAUCAAGGCGGCUCGCCCUGUAUUUGAGGAGCACGUGCAACAGACGAGUUAAGUGCGUUAAGCAGUACCAGUGAUAAGCCAUUUGAGGAAAAACUGUGCCGCACAUAUUUGAAUAACGUGACAAAUCUAACGCGCGAAGAGCUUAUAGUGCGAAUUCAAUCACCUUUAUUGCAUAUACGCGUCGAGAGAGCUCUAGGAUCUCCGUUGAAUACGACAUUCAUUGAAUCAAAUUAUUCAGAUGGCGGCGG